UUUACAGUGAAGACGAGAAGUCUCUCAUUUCUCAACGGCCAAUGGAGUUGACGACCACAACAUCAAAUCCGCCGUUCUUCUUCCUCUUAGCCCAUUGUAAAACUAUUCUUCUCCUUUUCGUCUCUUCCAAUUCCCUAUCGUAAUAUCCCUCUUCUUCUCUCCGGCGGCCACCUCCACCGCCACAAUGUCCGCCGUCGUCGACAAGCCUUUCUUCUGCCACCAGUGUGAUCGCGCCGUUACUGUUUCCGUAUCCAUUUCCUCCGAUCCUCUUUGCCCAUUUUGCCACGAGGGUUUUCUUGAAGAGUAUGAUCAUUCCAAUCCCAAUUCCAACUCCAAUGUUAAUCUUGAUCCCAGGUCCUUUUUCCUUCCCCAUCCUUUCCGUCGUUUUAGUCCUCUUGUUUUCUCCUCUUCUACGGUCGUUGAUCUUCAAAACCCGAGUUUAUUUUCAAGAACUUUAACUCCGCCGCCUACACAAUCCAGUUCUUCUGUUCACCCCGAGUACGAUCCCUUUGUUUUUCUUCAGAAUCAUUUACGGGGCCUCUUCGAAAGUGGUGCUGAUGUUGUGUUUGAAAUUCCGCGUCAUUCUUCCCACUCUGGUGUUUCAAUGCCUCAAAACGUUGGUGAUUACUUCAUUGGACCAGGUCUUGAGCAGCUCAUUCAAUUGCUGGCUGAUAAUGAUCCGAACCGAUAUGGAACUCCGCCGGCUUCGAAAUCGGCGAUUGAGAAGCUUCCGACUGUGACUGUUACAGAGGAUCUUCUAAAUUCGGAAAUGAACCAAUGUGCCGUUUGCAUUGAUGAGUUUGAAAAAGGUAUUAAGGUUAAGCAGAUGCCUUGCAAGCAUGUAUUUCAUGAUUAUUGUAUAUUGCCUUGGCUUGAAUUGCAUAAUUCAUGCCCUGUUUGCCGGUUCGAGUUGCCUACGGAUGAUGCUGAUUACGAGAAUCGAACACGUGGAAAUCGGGUGCAGGCGAAUGAAUCUUCCGGAGAAGAAUCUGGGUCUGGAAACAGUGGGAACAGUACGGGGCGUGUUGAGAGGAGAUUUAGAGUGCCGCUAUGGUGGCCGUUUGGGGGCCGGAACGAUGGGAGUGACUCCGGUGGUGGGAAUGACAGCGAUUGAGAAUAUAAGCCGCAGGACAAAUACAGAAUAUAUUCUGGCAGAAGGGUCUUUGUUUUUGACGCAGAUUUGGAAGGAAUUUCCCCUCUGAAAAUACAUGGCAAAAAGUCAGUGGCUUUUAGUAGUCUGUUAUUUGUUUGUUUGUUAUUCUUCGUUUUUUGAGUUUUUGGUUCACAAUGCCAACAACAUUAUGUACAGAUGUGUUCAUUUUGGAUGACAUUUCUUCCUUCAACGUAGAAUGUAUACAUUCCAAAUCUCUUGUUCAUAGGUCUGUUUCAUUCUACCUGUGGAGAAAUCAUACUCGGGUGCAGAUGCUACAAUGUGAUUGUCAGUUCGAAGUCGGUAGAUGUAUUUGAGAAAAAACUAUAAUAGUAUCUCAAAUCUGUAUCUAUUGGUCAUUAGGGAUCAUGCAGAACGGUACAGCCUUUGUUUCGUAUGUUGUAGUUUUGUUAAAUAAAAGAAAAUUCUAUAGGAAGAGGCGUAUUUCUUAAGUACUUAGGAUGAAGGAUGAAUGUGUGUAAAGAACUCCCAUCUUGAAUAACAAAGUAGAAAGGUUUGCAGUU